AGAUCCUAGACUCCUGGGUCAGCUGAUCCGAGGGGGCGAUCUCGCCGAUCUAGGCCGCUUACCUCGGCCUCAGAGUCGCCACCGCCAUGGCCAGUCAGUCGCAGGGCAUCCAGCAGCUGCUGCAGGCCGAGAAGCGGGCCGCCGAGAAGGUGUCGGAGGCCCGCAAGCGAAAGAACCGGAGGCUGAAGCAGGCCAAAGAAGAAGCUCAGGCUGAAAUUGAACAGUACCGCCUGCAAAGGGAGAAGGAGUUCAAGGCCAAGGAAGCUGCGGCCCUGGGAUCCCACGGCAGCUGCAGCACUGAGGUGGAGAAGGAGACCCAGGAGAAGAUGACCAUCCUCCAGACCUACUUCCAGCAGAACAGGGAUGAAGUCCUGGAUAACCUCUUGGCCUUUGUCUGUGACAUCCGGCCAGAAAUCCACGAAAACUACCGCAUAAACGGAUAGGGGAGGAAGGAGCAGCUCUGCGCGUGGAUUGGCAUUUUUCGAUGCCUUCGUGGUUAUGAGGCUUCAGCACAGCUUGAGUUACUUUCUUGUGAAAAGGCAUUAAAUUAUUUCUGUAUGUCAUAUAGUAGAUCCCUUCACUUUUUAGAGAAUAGCAGAUCUAGCUUCUUUGUACAAACUUAGAGCUUAUCCAAAGAUUUUCUUUUACCUCAUAUUUCUUAAAAUUUAAAGUGUAUAUGUUGUCUGUUUCCUAUGCCUUUUAGCUCAAGCAACAUAUAUAUAUCAAUACUUUUUCUUUCUUAGAUGUAGUAAAAAAAAAAAAAAAAUUAAAUUUUUUUUUUUUUUUUUUUUUUUUUUAAAGAAAGAAAGGGAUUAAAUAUUUUUUUUCCCUAUAGCUUUCUUAAAGGUCAGGGGCUUUAUCUAUGAAAAAGUAGUACAUAGUUAUUUGUAACUUGUGUGAAGCAGCAGCCAGCCUUAAAAUAGUCCUUUCUGGCUAAGGGUUAGAACAAUAAAUACUAGUAUAAUUGUUUGGGCUGCUUUUAGUUUCUCUUAAUCAAAAUUACUAGCUGAUAGAAUUCAAAAACUUGUUACAUCGUGUACUGAUAAUCAUUUAAAAGUAAAGACUUUGUCAUGCAUUUUCCCUUCUUCUGGUUCAUCCUUUUUGAUAAUGCAAAGUACACUCUGACCCAGAUGUUGUGCAGAAUUUCACUUAGGAAAUUAAAUUAGCACAUGUAUCACGUACCCAUUUGCACGCAUACUUAGAAAAUAUUUGCGGUAUGUAUCUUAGCAGAAAGGAAAUCACUUCUGAUUUUACCCAACCCACUAGUUUGAAAACAGCAUGUAACUAGUAAGUCUGUAGUUUGCCUUUUAUCUACUGGGGGGGCCCUAUUUCCUCCCUGGUGGGCUACCUGAUAAGCCUAAUACCUAUAGGAACUUCACUCUUAGGAAUUAAAUGCUCUGUGGCUCUCUAUUAGCAGCAAGUCUGGCUGCAAAAUAAUUUCUAGUAGAUGAAAACAGUUGAAAGAGAGCAUGAUGGGAUUUCCUUCCUUGUUCUGAAAUAGUAGGAGGGAAUUAGAUGCCCUUUAAAGAAAUCACAUUUUCUAUGACUCAGGAUGGGUUGGUCUCAGGCCACAUCCGUCUCCAGUUUCUGUUCUUUUUUAUAGUAGAAUUCCUCGGGUGAGUUUUCUAUACGAGCUUUCCCAGUUUUUACUGUUCAAGCACUCCCAUCAGGCUUGCCACCCCACUGAAGCCGCAUGUCAAGGUCAGCAGUGCUGACCACAUUGAGAGGUCCAGUCUUCUACUUAACCUUCAGUCCUGUUUGACAGGUCUGACUAUUCCUUCCAGAACCGCUUCCUUAGCCUUGUUGUGCAGUGAUGUGCUACCCUGCUCCUCCUCUGUCUCUUGCCAGUUCCAGCUCCUCUUUUCCCAGGGAUUUGUUCUUGGACUUGUCUACACUCAUUCCCUUGUUGAAACCCACCCACUUUUCAUGGCUUUGAAUACCAUCUAUGUUGAAGACCCUAAUUUAUAUCCAACUUCUCUCCUGAACUCUAGAGUUGUCAGAUUGCUUGUUUGCUAUUUUGAUUUGGAUCUGUAAUAAACCUCUCCAUCUUAAUGUG